UACUCAGUUCGCACGACAAGGUCUAGUUAUUCGAACGACUUCAGGCAAAACUUAUAACAUAAUUCGCGCAUCUUCAAACCUAGUGAAAGUGUUCUGGAAAUUUGAAUCUGAUCCAGCGUUACGACAUAUCCGGUCAUCAUGCAGCUGUUCAAGAGGAAAGCCUUCUACUUUGCAUUGCUGCUAGUCGUACUAAGCAUGUGCUUAGAUGAAACCGAAGCCAGACGUAAGAUCCUCCGUGGACGGCGUACCAUCACCCGCACGCACAAACGUGGAACUGCAAUCCCGGCGUGGGCCAUCGUUACCCUGGUUGGAAUUGCCAAUAUUUUAAUCGGAGGACUGGCCUAUCUAGCGUUCCGAAAAUUGGUCCUACAAACACCGAUCGAGAACGUCAAUUCCUACACGCCCGCAAUGAUGCAGGACGAUUCGUAACAUGGUACUGCGUUGCCAUCAACAACACAGCUAUUUAUAGGUUAAGCGGUUAAGCUACACAUUAAGAACUACAGAACAUCUCCCUCCAGUUAUGUCCGUGAACGAUCCGACAUGUUUCGAACGACGCGUCUGUAUCAUUUUCAAACCAGUCAAUAAACUCCGAUAAGACACAUUUUUAAGGGCGGACGGGACGGUCGGGGAAAUAUCCGCCAUUGCUCUGUUGCUAUUAAGAUGGUAAUCUCAGAUUCUACUUCAUAUUUUGCAACAAAAACCUAUCACUGUCUAUCACUUGCAGUACAUAUGCUGAUUGUUUUUCAGCAUCUUCAGUGCGGUAGAACUCGAGAUUACCAUCUUCAAAAUCGCGAGGCAAAUUGUUAGAAAGAGAGGCAAGAUAGGAAAAAUAACAAGGCGUCCCGUUUCACCUUAAGACGAAACACGUCAAUCAA